AUUCAAAAAUCAGCUUAAAAAAAUCAAAACAAUUGCUGAGAGUAAUGAAGUUUUUUAAUUAUUAGAUGCAAUUUUUAGCUAAAACUUUUCAAAAUUCAAGUAAAGGCUUAUUUAUGUCUUUUUACGCUGUGGCCCGUGGUCACAAUAUAGGCAUAUAUGAUAGCUGGGGUAAGUGUGAGGAACAGGUAAAAGGAUUUAAAGGUGCCAAAUACAAGAAAUUCAAGACGAGAUCUGAAGCCGAAUCUUUUGUUCAAAAUUUAGCCGGGUUUUCUGCCACAAAUAAUAGUGCUCCAAAGCCGGAAGACUUUUGGCCCGAGGAUGAGGCCUUUGAAUUAAAUUCGCUAGAAGAUUCAGAGCUUCUUGCUGCUGUAAAUGCUGCAGAAAAAAACAUCAAAAGAAAAGUAAAUGCGCCUGAUGAUAAUAGCUGUAAGAAGAAAAAAUAUCCCGCACAUGUUUCGAACUUUUGGAAACCAGUGGGUAAAAUAACAUUUAAAGGACAUUCCUUUGAAGUUGAUUCAGAGGGGUACAUUAUUGUCUACACUGAUGGUUCUUGUAUAAAUAAUGGCCGUUCUGAUGCUUGCGCAGGUUUUGGUGUAUAUUUCGGAGAAAAUCAUCCAUUAAAUGCCUCGCAGCCUGUCACCGGUCGUGUUACCAACAACGUAGGCGAAAUACAAGCAGCCAUUCAUGCUAUUAAUACAGCAAAAUCAUUUGGGAUCGAAAAGCUUUGUGUUAGUACAGAUUCUCAGUUCCUAAUAAACUCCAUUACAAUUUGGAUCAAAGCCUGGAAAGAAAGAGAAUGGCGUUUGAAAAAUGGAGAACCCGUAAAAAAUGUUAUAGAUUUUAAGAAAAUAGAUAAAUUGCUGGCGGACAAAAGUAUUGAGGUGAAAUGGAACUAUGUAAAAGGACAUCAUUCUAUUAUUGGAAAUGAAAUGGCGGACAAAUUGGCAAGGGAAGGAUCUGACAUGUAUAGACGUAUGAGUAAUCUAGAUUAAUAGUUUUUUUUAUAAAUUGUAUUGAGGUAAAUAAAAAUUAAGGGAAAUGCAGAGAAAACAUAUUAGGUAACAGACUUUGUUAUUAUAUAGAAAAUAGCGAAUUUUAAAUUAUAUGAAAUUUAAAUAAAUACAUUUUAAUGUGUUUUCAAUUAACACAGAAAUUAAAAAAAAUUUC